UUCUUGUCCCAACGCUUUGCCGUACCGUCUAGGCGGCGAGUUGCAUCCUGGUUCUGUCGGGUCCACUGGGUGUGCCCCUGUGAGGCAGCGUGCCUGUCGCCACAGCCCCGGUCACCGUCAUGAAUCACGAGAGCUUCGCCGCGGGCGAGCGGCUGGUGUCGCCGGCUUACGUGCGGCAGGGUUGUGAGGCCCGCCGCUCUCAUGAACACCUCAUACGGCUGCUUUUGGAGAAGGGCAAGUGUCCAGAGGAUGGCUGGGCUGAAAGCACCCUUGAACUCUUUCUACAUGAACUUGCUAUCCUGGAUUCCAACAAUUUCCUGGGCAAUUGUGGAGUGGGAGAAAGGGAAGGAAGAGUGGCAUCUGCAUUAGUAGCUCGCCGCCAUUAUAGGUUCAUUCAUGGAAUUGGACGAUCGGGUGAUAUUGCUGCCGUUCAACCAAAAGCCGCAGGUUCUAGCCUUUUGAACAAAAUUACCAAUUCUUUAGUCCUGGACAUCAUAAAGUUGGCUGGUGUCCAUACAGUGGCCAGCUGCUUUGUCGUUCCCAUGGCAACUGGUAUGAGUCUAACCUUGUGUUUCUUAACGUUACGGCACAAGAGACCAAAGGCAAAGUACAUCAUAUGGCCACGGAUAGACCAGAAGUCCUGCUUUAAAUCCAUGAUCACCGCAGGUUUUGAGCCGGUGGUGAUAGAGAACAUCUUAGAAGGUGACGAGCUGCGCACAGACCUGCAGGCAGUGGAAGCUAAAGUCCAGGAACUCGGGCCAGAUCACAUUCUGUGCAUUCAUUCUACUACCUCCUGUUUUGCUCCAAGGGUGCCUGAUAGAUUAGAAGAGCUGGCUGUGAUUUGUGCUAAGUACGACAUUCCACAUAUAGUCAACAAUGCAUAUGGCAUCCAGUCUUCAAAGUGCAUGCACCUCAUUCAGCAGGGGGCUCGACUUGGUAGAAUUGAUGCUUUUGUUCAGAGCUUGGACAAAAAUUUUAUGGUUCCAGUAGGUGGCGCUAUAAUUGCUGGCUUUAAUGAUUCCUUCAUUCAAGAAAUCAGCAAGAUGUACCCAGGAAGAGCAUCCGCUUCACCGUCUUUGGAUAUCCUUAUUACUUUAUUGUCGCUUGGAUCCAAUGGCUAUAAGAAGCUGUUGAAAGACAGAAAGGAAAUGUUUUCAUAUUUGUCCAGUGAGCUAAAGAAGCUGUCUGAAGCCUACAACGAAAGACUGUUGCAUACACCUCACAAUCCCAUAUCUUUAGCUGUGACACUUCAGACCCUAGAUGAACACCAUGACAAAGCUGUCACUCAGCUUGGCUCAAUGCUCUUCACCAGACAGGUGUCUGGAGCCAGGGUGGUGCCCCUGGGGACAGUGCAGACCGUGAGUGGCUACACUUUCAGCGGCUUCAUGUCACAUACAGACAGCUACCCCUGUGCUUACCUCAAUGCCGCGUCAGCCAUCGGCAUGAAGAUGCAGGAUGUGGAUUUGUUUAUCAAGAGACUUGACAAAUGCUUAAAGACCGUCAGACGAGAACAAAAUAUAGAGAGCGCUGCAUCUCGAGAUGACAGUUGCGACACAACUGAAGGGGUGGGAAUUGAAGCACUGGCUGAGAAAUUUGAUAGUAUGCUUUGUGGCAUACACCACAAUACCGCUUCAUAA